CAGUCGGGAAAUGGGUGAGAUAGACAAUGACCACAGAAAAUAUCUGGCAACUCCACGAGCUAAUAUAUAUCCGAAGCGCGGGUACCAACGGCACAGUCGGGAAACGCGACAGUGGAUGAACGCUCCUCUUCUCUCGUGUGGCUGUAGUGACUCGGAGACUAAGUCGAAAUCUACGGCUCGUCUUGCAAGUGAGAAAGGAUACCGUUCUGUGUAAACUGCGACAUCGAAAAUGGAAUACGGGAACAUGGAAAUCAACGAGACGACGGAAAGCGGGGGGCAAGAUGGCGGGAGGAUCCCGGUCGCUCCAGAAAGCAGUGCUUUCAUGUCGGGAGCAUCGUCAGCGCCUGUGACAGCGAGGGCGCCCAGGAGGAGAGCGAGGUCCCGAGGGCCUACAGCAGCGCCAGGCCAUUUCGUCACAGGAGCCGUCCCGAUGCAGAUGCAAACUCCGAGCACGAAUUCGCCGUCAUUUGGAUUCACGGAAGGAGCGAGUAACGUAGGCGGCGACCCCGCAGGCUCUCGCGUACCAGUACCUCGUUCGAGAGACCCAAAACCUGCGCGCAGAGAACGCCUCCCUGCAACAGAAACUUGACGUCUUUCAACACCUUUUACAGAACAGGGAGCGGCUCGUCUCUGUCCUUCGAACACUCGGCAUGGAUGCCCACAUAGUAGACCCAUCGACCUGAGUAAUUUAUCUUCUUUUCAGCCACCCCUCAAAAAAUGAAAGCAUUCCUGAAGGGCCAUGGCCUGCAAAGUGCAUGGCACAGGUUUCCAGUGUUAGGGUUCGGCUCAUGUCCUAUUUAUCAAUCAGUUAUGGUGUCCUGCAGGCUAUUGUGUGACCAGGAGGAAUUCGGUGAGCAGCUACAAAUAUUCAUCACAAUAGAUAUGGACAAAUCCUGUUGAUUUCUCGUCAUCCAUGGAAGCCUUUUUCUGCCAAAUGGAGCAAUUGAGAAAAACGCGUAUGGAUAAUAAUAAUAAAAAAAAUAUACUGAUAUCUAUCAGAUUAUCACUCUUACAUUUAUCAAAUAUCUAUUCAGUCAUUUUCGGAAAAGAAGGGGAAUCCACUUGUAGGAGAUUCAUUUCCAAAGAUAAUCUAACUCCCUCGUCAUAAAAAUAAAUAAUUGUUCAACGGAAGUCAAACCUGAUAAGCAGCAAAACUAGAAUCCUUGACAGAAAACGUUUCAUAACUUUUAGGAAAACAAAUUACAAACGGAAAAUCCAAUAGCGAAUUUUUUUAUUCGAUUUACACUUCCGCUUUACUUAUCAAGGCAACUUUAUUUUGUGGAAGCGAUAUUGACGUUACGGGAAAAAAGGCUUUAGUUUAUUUAUAAUUGAAAGUGGAAUGAUCUCAAUUCAACUGUUGUAAAGUAUAUGCAGGCUUGUCCCUUUUUUUCGGCGAGGCUAAAAUGAAAUGCAUUUUGUCUGAAAAAAGUAAUAUGAGGAGAGAAUGAAAGCGAACUUUAAUCAACCUCAUUGUUGAACCCUUCAAUGACAAUUCACUCUUCACGAUCUCCGAAGAGUCGUUCUUGGUCAGUUCUUGUGGGGUUGAAAUCAUGCGGCAGGUCACGCUGGCUCUUGACCUUUGGCUUAACGUUCCCUCCCAAAGGACAUAGAGUUUUAAUAUCUUUUUUUUUCGUUUUGUUUCUAUUUCUGUGAUGCUCUGAUUCUUCGAUGUUCCACUAUUUAUGUUUUGUUCUUCACACAACAUUUGAUUUAUGUUGCCCUAGGUAUUAUACGUAUUAUAGUUUAUUUAACAGGAUAUAGAUCACUAGUCAAGGAUGUAAACAUAUCAUUUUAUGAUUUACGUUUUCGCAGUCAUGUGACUCAGGAUAUUUGUUUAAUAUUAUGUAUACAUGUAUGUAUUAUUAACUCUCUAUGCUAAUCCUAUAAUUCAGAAGAUUGGUUUUGUUAGCAAAUUACUGAAGCUAUUAUUUAAACCGUAUGAACCUUAAUGACCAAGUGCUAAGACCUAGUUUGAUAAAAUUGCAAUAAAAAUUUCAGAAUACA